GAUACAGAUAUCACGUCCUUAUAGAGAGACCAUUUUUGGAUAAAAGGCACACAAGUAUGGCUGAAUUCCGAGUGACAGGCCUUGUGGCGGCUACCUUCACUCCAUUUGACGACAAUGGAGAUGUUGUACUCAGCAAGAUCGAGGCGCAUAUCAAGUAUUUGAAAGAUGUCGGUGUUAAACACGUCUUCGUAAACGGGGCGACUGGGGAAGGGUUGUCUUUGACCUUGGAGGAAAGGAAGGACAUCGCUGCUGAAUGGGUCAAGGCCAACAAUGGACGGCUAGACACCAUCAUUAUGCACGUGGGAUGUGCCAACCUUCGGGACACCCAAACCUUGGCCAAACAUGCAGUUGAGAUCGGCGUUGAUGCCAUUGCUGCCAUCCCUCCACAAUUCUUCCGCCCCACCACUGUAGAUCACCUGGUUGAGUACAUGCGGCGUGUGUGCGAGGCUGCCCCUACCUUGCCCCUCUACCUGUACCACGUACCCCCUCUCACCUGUGUAGAACUGAACAUGGCUGACUUCCUUCGCAAGGCGAGGGGCGUCGUGCCCAGUCUCCGGGGGGUCAAGUUCUCCUCCCAGGACCUGCCUGUAGCCAGCGAGUGUGUCCAGCUAGAGGACGCCAAUGGCCACAGGUACAACAUCCUGUUUGGCUGUGACCAGCAACUGAUAUCUGCACUGGUGCUAGGCGUGGACGGGGCUGUGGGGUCCACCUACAACUUCAUGGCGGGGGUGUACCAACGUAUGAUGGAGGCGAUGGACCGCGGGGACAUGGACACAGCUCGGAAAGAACAGUACCGUUCACAGAGGACAUGCAAGCUGCUCUUUAACUAUGCGACGCAAGGUGGGAGUACUGUUUCCUGUUUGAAACUAAUGAUGUCAUUCGCUGGUCUGGAUGUUGGCCCGCCCCGUUGUCCAAUGAGAGCUCUUGGAGCAGAUGACGUCGCCAAAUAUAGACAGGAGUUAGAAGACAUAGGCUUCUUCCAGUGGUACAGGAAGUAGACUCAGAGUCGCAGAUAUACGAGUCCAGCAGUGAAACAUAUCCUCGAAAUGACUGGACAUAAACAUCUUCUUAUCCAAAUUUCCGGUAGAGAACAGGGAGAGGACAAGCUUCAUACACAGUAUUCAUACACUGUACACUUCCGGUCUCGUUGUCAUGGUUUCUUUUGUUCUAAACGUUGGAAUAUUGACUAAUGCACCAUUUUACUCAAAAGUGUGAAAUCUUAAUGUACACUUACACUUCUAUUUUUCCAAGUUGGAAUUAUUUACAAGAGAAUGUGUAAACUGUUGUUGUUGUUUAACGCCACGCCCAGCAAUAUUCCCGCUAUACGAUGGCGGUCUGUAAAUCAUCGAGUCUGGACCAGAUAAUCCAGUGAUUGACAUCAUGAACAUCGAUCCACGCAAUUGG